GGCACGGCUUGUUUGAGUUAUGAAACCCCUAGGCACGGCUUUAAUUUGCAUUUUACAGGGCAUUCCCAAGCAAGUUCGCUCAGGCGGAGCACCUAGGCACCCCGCAACUGUCCAGAGCGAAGCCGGUGCGCACCCGCGGACAGCAGUGUGGGUAGCACCGUCGGGCGCUUGGGCCCCACGCCGAGACCUCAGGGGCACCGAGCCGCGGCAGGUCCGGCCGGAUAAAGUUAUGAAUGAAAACAGCUCGCGGGCGGGAGGAGGCAGCGCCCUCUCCCCGCGUCCCGCGGCACUGCGCUCCGAGCACAGGCGGGCGCUGGGUCCCCAGCGCCAUCGGGUGCCGCGCGCUUGGCACGGGCUGCGCGAGGACCGCCAGGACCGCCCGGCCCGCCCCGGCCCGCACCUGCCGCCCGCACUCACCUCGGCCUCCGCGGCGCCGGCCGGGGGCGCCGAGCGGGCGGAGCGCGCGCCGCAUCAAGCGCGGCGGGGCGGCCGGGCGCGCAUGGCCCGCGCUGCGGCCUCGGCGGCCCCCGGGCAGGGGCGCUUCUCCGCGGUUGGCGGCGGCCGAGGGCGGCUCGGGGACAUCCGCCGGGUGCGCGCGGCGCCCGCUCCACAGCACCGUCCCGUCCCGGUCGUCAGGCGCGCGGCCCGGCGUCGUCCCGGGCUCUCGGGUCCCCGCAGGUCCGCGUCCCCGCAGUCGCCACGCCGGCUGCAGACGAGCAGAGACAGAAACACGUGAGUCCCUUGCCAGCCCGGGACGCUGUCCUGCUCGCCGAGAUGGACAGCCACGAGCCCCGGACACACACGGCCGUGCACGUUUUGCCCCCACGGAAUGCCCCGCAGUCCAAAGCGCGUCCGAGAGACGCGUCUGCGCGAGGCAAGCCCGCACGCAGGGACGGGAAAAGUCAGGUCUGGCACGAGCGCCCGGCGGGUCGGUCCCCAACAAUGCGCACAGACACGCGGGUGCGCGGCGGUGCCAGCCCGCGUUCGCACACGCGUAACUCGCUGCCUGGCUACGGAACUCGCUGCAGGGCCGACCGCAAAGCGCCGGGCACAGAGCUAGAGCCAGCUCCGAAAACGUCCAGCUCCUCGAAAAUAAAAUAAAAUAAAGCACCAUUCUCACC